UUCAGUGAGUGUCUCCAUAACAGCUGUAGAGAGUGGCAGAACUGGAGGGAUGAGUGUCUGUAACAAUAAAACAAAGAGGACAGAACGAGAACAGGAAUUCAUGAAAGAUUAAAACGUUUCCUUCUCCUCACUGAGUGCAACCUUACAUCUAGAGCACCAAUGUCAAACAUGACCAGGGGGGAGCUCCUCUGCCCCCUGCUACAGGACAUGCAGAACCACAGCAACAACAACAACAACAAAGAGGCCAAUUCGGUGGUGGUUUGCAUCCAUGGUCUGUUCUCCUGCCUGGGGAUUUUGGAGAACGCCCUGAUCCUCUGGGUGGUUGGCUUCCGCCUGCGGCAACGCACAGUAGCCUCUGUCUGGGUGCUCAACCUCGCCAUGUCUGACUUCCUAGCCACCCUGACACUCCCCCUUUUUACCUCAUACCUUUACUACAGCCAUAGCUGGGAGCUUGGCAACCCACUUUGCAAAACACAGGCUUCCAUUUUCUUCUUGAACAUGUUUGUGUCAGCUUUCCUGCUGGCAGCCAUUUCACUGGACCGCUUACUUUUGGUGGUCAAGCCAGUGUGGUGCCAGAAUCAUCGGUCAGUGGCAGGAGCAUGGAAGGUGUGUGCAUUGGGUUGGCUAUGGGCAGCAAUUAAUACCUUGCCUUACACCUUAUUCCGUUCAGUUAUUAAGAAACAUGAUGGGCGGAAUUUGUGCUAUCAUAAUUUUGCCUUGAUUUUAUCCUCUCAAGCCACUCUGGAGAGAGAUUGCAAAGUAAGGCAUGCGGCAACAGCAAUCUCCAAGUUGCUGCUAGCUUUCCUCUUUCCCCUGGCUGUGAUUGCUGGGAGCUACAUCCAAAUAGGUCUCAUCCUGAGGAAAAGGAGCAAGAGGAGGAAGCAGAGCACCAUGAGACUAACUGAUGCACUGAUUGUCUCAAACAAAAACGGAGGAUCAGGAACUACAAAUACCCAGAAAACCACCAAAACUAAUAAGCCUCUGACUUCCAGUCCAUCUUCAACCUUGACACCUACUACCUUGUCCCACACCACCUCGAAUCAGAUCAAUCAGGGCCAGCUGUCCCAGAGCUUCAUCAAAAUGGUAACAUUUGUGAUUGCGGCGUUUGCACUGUGCUGGGCUCCCUAUCACAUCUUCUGCAUGAUUGAAUUGACGGCCCAAUACCGGAGGAAUAACCUCAGUUUAGUGGAGGUGGGUUUGCCCCUAGCUACAACCAUUGCAUUCUUGAAUCCAGUGUUGAACCCCAUUCUGUAUGCCUUCAGCUGCCCACACUUCUGUGAAAAGAUACGGCAGAGUCUGGGAGCAGUGUUUGCCACACUGGUAGAAGAGGAAGGAGGGUUGCUGAUGGUCCCAGGGAAAAGUAUACGAGCUCAUAUUAGAAGGAAAAGCAGUCGAGAUGUGAGCCCAGCAACACCAGGGUCACGAAAGGGUUCAUUGUCACCCAGUAAAUCACCUGACAUCCAACAGCCCUUCCCAUUGCCUUUGGCUUCUGAAUUCCUUGAAGACCCUCACAUGGAGAAUAAGGACAUGAAUGAAAAAAUGAGAUGGAGCAUAGAUGAGGUUGUACUGGAUUUCUAGCUUUAUGUUUGAGUAAGCAGAAUGCUUAUUUUCAAACAUGUCAGAUAUGUCUUUGUGUACAUGUAGCUCAACUCAAUAGAAGGCCUCGGACCUAUCGUAUUAUAGCUGUGGCCACCACAAAGUGUUUGGGACAGGAGUUACUAGUAUGCUUUGAUACAAUAUUUCCAUCCUUUCCAGUAGUAUGGCUGUAAGGAUAGAAACGUCAGUCAGUUUAUCCACCACUUUGGUCCAGACUUAAACCUGGCAACCAUGAGGUUGACAGAUUUGAUUUGAUAUCUCGAAAACCUACAGAUUUUUCUGAUCUAUCCUUUUUUCAUGUGAAAUCCUGUAUAAUGUUACUUCUUUGAGCCCGUAUUUAAAUGAAAUGUAUUCAAAUAAAACAUGAGAAAGGAAAAUCCUAUGCAAAUUGUGACAAGGGGACACAAGUACACAGCGCUUUUGUUAAGGGAUCACAAGCUAGAAACAUUAAGAACCACUGCUGAAGAUUGAGUGUUUGUGCCCUACUGGCCACCAGAGAGCAGUAUAGCACUGAUUGCAUAAACAGAGGUGAAAUUACAAGGUAGGAUUGUGCUUUUCAGUUCCUGUAAUCCAGGAGCACUUUAAAUCUGAACUGCUGUAUGUCUGACCACCUUUCUGAGUGAUUGGAUUUGAUCAUAUCUGAUAUCCAUUUUGAUUGACUGUCUCAUCGCCAUCACCGCAAUUGUCUGGUUUCAUCCCACGCAAUUGGACUCACAGACACACACACACACACAGGUUGAGGUGUAAUGUAGGCCACAGAAACAUGGGAUUACCAUAGAGGUAGUUGUAAUUUAGAGAGAAUAUUAGAGAGUGAAGAUCCAGAAUAUAAAGACAGCACAGGAUUAAAUCUAACAGAUCACACUGACAUAUAAAGUUCCACUUUUCCUCUCAAUCAUUCAGUUCCAGCACAUUAUCUUUCCCUCGCUUUGUUUCUGUCAAGGAGAAGAUGUAAAGAAAACAUUAAGAACUUUUUUUUUUAGAAAAGUGAAAGAUAAAAUUCAGCCUCCCUCCCCACCCAAAUAGUUUUCACUAAGGCAGGGGUUGGAAGAUCCAGUUGACAAGCAUUUGAGACAAGGCCAACAAAUGUGAGUAAAGACUUAAAUAGAAUUAAAAUUACUGCAGAAAAGACAGCAACACAUGAGAUAAAAGAUAAUCCACCAGCAUGAGAACAGCGAGAAUAUUGACAACAUAAGAUGUUGAAAACAAUAGUGAUAGAGGAAGAGGCGUCAAAUGUGAAAAACCGUUGGUACAGAUAAGAGUACAGAUAAGAAAUAAGGGAAGAAUGUAAGCUUUAAAGGGGUUUAAUGCACUGCUACAGUACUUAUAACUGACAGAUGUUAGCUAGAGAAUUAAUGUAGAUCGCAUGUCAAUGAUUUUCUUUUGACCAUCAUGUACUAUAAUAUACACUGGUGCAUACACACACACCAAAGAAGAAUAUGCAGUUGUAAUAAACAAAAAAAGUUGAAUUCUGUUUGAGAGGUAGAGAGUGACUCAGUACAUCUUUCCAUAUGUUUAUAUUUCAUAGAAAUAUCUCUUACUUUUUACUCCACUACAUUUAUUUCACAGCUGCACUUAUUUGCUACUUUGACAACAAGGAUUUUACAUUUAAAAACUAAAAAAAUACAUCUCUCACAGUUUAAUUUAAACUAGUUGUUUCCAAUCUUUUUGGCUUGUGGCUCCUUAACUAAAGAAGUGUGUUGGGUGGGUCCCCUUCUCAUCUUUCAGAUGACUAUGAAUUGUCAGUUCCAAUGUUUCUGAUGGUUUCUUCUAAAUAUUUGGCUCCAAGAGAUUAAAGUAUCCAAAAUUUUGUUGUGCCAACUCCCUAGGUUGAGAACAUCUGGACCAAGCAACUGCUGAGGUGGGGAAUUUACAUCACAUGACUUAAGAGUUAACUUAGACUUGAGAUGGUUGACUUGAAUGGGCUUGACAUUUUUUUCAUGAUAUAUUUGCAUUUUUCUACAUAUUGAGAACUUACCUUUUGUUUUAGAAACAUGAUUGGGUGAUUUCUGGUGCAAAGCCCACAAACCUGGCAACCUACUAGGACGCUGUAGACCAAAACACACAAGGCAGCUAUUAUGGGGAGGGGCUAAGUCCAAGAAUUACUAAAAUUUGGAUUGGAGGAGGAGAGAGAAGAGAGCACAAUUCAAGUUCCACAUAGAGAUUUAUGGUAAAAGUAACAAGAAGGGCUUUAUAAGGUUUAAGCAGCUGCAACAGUUUUGUGUUUGACUUACAGCAGGGACUCGACUUGCUUGAUUCUGACCACAGUAACUUGGGAUCUGCUUGUGACUUGCACAUGUGUGACUUACUCCCACCUCUGCAUUACUGUAUAUAAAAUGAGUUAACACUAGCUGCACCUCGAGCCACUACGGCAGUAACAUUCUGCUUACACAUUUAUGUGUCAGUAUUAAUAAUCUAAUAUGACAUGUGCCAUGCACCUUUUGCCACAUUCCUACAAAAUUCCUCAUGUAAUACUGCCUCAACAUUUGCCCUUUGCCCUAAAUAUUUAAAAUGCCUAAGACAGAACAGGUGAAUGUAAAUCAGGAAAUUUGGCACUAAAAGCAACAAAAAGGGCAAAAGUACAAGUUCAAAAAUCUCACAACCCCGGUAGGCUCAAAGACACACAUUGCAAGGCCCAAGGGACGCUGUGCUCUACUUGACCUUGAUUCUCUUCGCUUGUCUCUUGUAUAAUAACAUCAGUCUUACUGCAGAGACAGUACUUCUACUUUUGGUAUUUUAAGUACAUUUUUCUGAUACUGUACUCUUUCUGUAGCAGAUAUUUUAUUUUAAUAUGCAGAACUUUUACUUGUAAUGGAGUAUUUUAAAGAUAUUGGCACUUUUUCUUAAGUAGACAAACAGGGUCUAAUAAAGUUUAGACCAUGUAUUAUUGUGUUAGUUUGAUCUCUUGCCAGUAAAUGUCACUGUUUCCUUGGUGUAUACAUGUGAAUAAGAGUUUAAUAGAUCCCAGAAUAUAAAUCUUAAACAAACAAGUUGAUGCUGUGGUUUUUCAUAUAAAGUUAGUAAGAAUUAACAUCACACAAUUUUGUGAAAUGGAUGUAAACGUGUGAAGAAAUAACGGUCUACAUAUUAAAUGAUACAAGAUCACUUAAA